AUGUUGGAGAACUUCAGGCCCCUGGGUCGUAUGCUGCCCCCCGGCACCCAGCAGCCAGCCUGCCUGCCGGGAGAAGCUCUAUGGCCCGACCAGGCUGGGCAGAGGCCUCUCCAGCUGGGUGUCAACCAUGGAGCCUCUGUGCCUUGCUGGAGCCCCCCUGGUGCUGGUGGUCAGGGCCACGUCAUUCUGGGCCAUGACAGUGACAAUGACUUGUGUCUCUCAGUGCUCUCAGUGUCCCUGGACCGACCAGGACCUGCAGGCAGGCAGGGGCGGCCAGCGUGCCACAGCAGAGAAGAGGCCGUCAGGGUGGAGGAAACCCUGGUCAACCAGAAGGGCGACGGGAAGAGCGCUGGGACCCUCCGGGAGCCCUCGGCUAAAGGGGCCCGGAAGCCCUCGAAGCGCCAGUCCGUCCAAGCCCCCAGCCGGAGCCGCCGCCUCCACUGCCUCCAUCGCCCACCCGGCACACGCGGGUUCCGCACGCGAACGCAGCGCCUCAGCACGGCCCGCGGCCAGUGUUCCUCCCUCCCUCACCUGGCCCGGCCGCGGUUCCCUUCCUCCUCGCUCCCCCUGCCGGCCGCACCUCCACAGCCGCGCGAUAGGAGGCCUGACUGGGAGCUCCCUUGCGUGGAUCAGGAAGGAUGGACCGCCUGGAAUUGCUUACAGCGCCUGCUUGGACGCGGCCUCGGGGUCUCGGGGAAGGCCCGCCGCCAGGAUCUGCCCUCACCGUCCUCCCUCCCGCCAUCAGCCGCUCAGCCCCGGGCCCCAGAGAAGGGCGGGCGGCUGGGGGCCCAAACCUCGCCGGAACCCGGACAGGCCCGCGAGCCCAGGAGCUCUGCCCUCUCCUCCCCGAUCCACUCCCACCUCUUGACUCCCAGCCCUGGGGGGCGGGCGCCAACACAGCAGCCUCGGGCGCUCCCCAGUCGUCCCUCCAUCCCACGAAAGUGCUUGGCCCACAGCACCGGCGAACGCGACAUUACGGGCGACCCUUGUGGCCGUGGACGAACCGAGACCCCGAGCCUGGGAGGCGGGCGGGCGGGUGAGGCCGCGUGCCGGGGCUGCCCGCGGGGCGCUGAGUUGUGGCCUCUGUCCCUUCGUCGGAUCCCAGCCACCAAGCCGGGAGAAGAACGACGGGCGGGGGCGGCGGAGGAGGAGCGGGAGCGGGAGCCGGCACGGGAGCGAGCGGGGAUCUGCAUCAAAGCCGGGGUCGGACAUUAGGUUCUGCAUGCGGAGGCGUUGGCGGGAGUUUUGUCUGCCUUCUUGCAUAGGCAGUGGGUUUGCAGCCUCUGGGGCGGGUGCUGAGUUAGAACUGGGGGCUGGGGACUCCUGGAGUGGAGGGGCCCAAGCCAGAGCCAGAACAGGGGCCAGGUCCGCCUCCAGGGAGGGCUGGAGACAGAAGCGGUUUCCUUCGCUGCCUGCCAGGGCGGGGCGCGUUUGGGUCCACCGCGGGAUCUCCUGUGCCACCGCAGACACUGCCUGCGAUGAGGAAGGAGGCCGUUCCUGUUACCCAGCCUGGGGUCUCCAUGGGGGUCCUCCCCAACCUGUGGCUCAGGUGGUCCCACUGCUCCUUGACCUUGCCCUCCCUGGACCCCUCUCCUCCCUGGCACCCGCCUCCUGACAUGGAAGUCCUCACCAAGCCCACCCCCACGUGUUCUCCUUGGUGUUGGGCUUUUACUCAAACUGUCAGGGUGGUGGGUACUCUGGCUGGUUCCAAGCUCUGGGGGGUGUGCCAGACAGCAGGCAGGAACCCUGCCCAGGAGCUCCAGGCCCGCAGCCAGUUCCCAGGAAGGGGCCAAGGGCUUGGAGGAGGUGUCCCUGUGAGCCUGGUCAGGACCAGGCUGACCACGUAGCUGGCAAAGGCCUGGGAGUUAGACACAGCCUGGUGUGCACACCUUGUGACUGGGAGGACACUGGACAGGAUGACAGGAGGUGUGGCCCCCUCACCCGACCCAGAGCAUCCCCUGGGACUCUUCCUAGGCCCCAGUGCCACCUGCUCCCUUGUCCCAGGGCAGGGUCUGACCCUCCUGAGAGUCCUAGUGCCUGGACCCUGGGGGACAAAUGACUGCCGGAUGGACAAAGAGAACAGCGAGACCUGAGAGAGGCAGACAUGGGAUGGGGUAAUGGGUGGAGGGAAGACUGGACAGGGAAGCACACAGCCCUGUGACACCAGCCUCCUCUCAGCCGGGAGGGGAUGGGCCAGGGUCUGCACAGCCAGCCGCAUACAGCUGGCCCCCAACCUCCUGUCACCCGGCCUAGCUGUCCCCCCGCAACUAUGGGUGCAGUGUUCUGGGCCAAGUUCCCAGGAGGACAGAUGUGGGGAGAUGAUGAGAGGGAUGGCUGGGCCAGAUGGGUGAUGGCACCCUCUGCCCCCCGACCUCGCCAGGCACCAGGACUCCCUGCAGACUGGAAGUUCCCACAACUCCAGAACAAACAAACAAACAGACAGACUGAUGGACAGCCCAGCCCUGGACCCCUCUCCAAUUUCUGAGGCUGUUGAUUUAGCUGCCCACUUGGUGGGAGGACCCAGCCACAUGGGGAGCUGGCUGUCCAUCUGUCUGUCCAUCUCCUGGCCACACUAGCCCCUCCAUCCCAGGUGCAGCCAGGCAGAGGUGAGGCUCUGAGACCCUGGAUGACCUAUAUGCAGGCUGGUGAGGUGGCUGGAUCUCAGCCUGGGGGGCCAGCUGAGGACCCAGUCCCUGCUAGCCCCCUUCCCUUCUGUGGCCCCAGCAGGGGGAGCCACACUUGCCAGGGGAAGGGACUUGUCCCAAAAGACCCUGGAGGAGUGUGGGCUGAGGGUGAGUGGCCAGAAGAUGGACACGUGCAGACAGGCCCCUCCAGUUCCUCUGGGCAGCAGGGGACCCUGACUGGACAGUAGCUCCCACUUGCUCAUGUUCAAGCACCCACACCACCACGUGCACACAUACUUGUGAGCACGGGCGUGAGUGUAUGUGUUCACACCAUGUUCAUACUCAGGCACACAUACAUGGGAGUGUGGGCACAUAUGCCUACACAUGUGAGCAUACCAAUAUUGUGACCAUGGGCACAUGUGUCCACAUGCACACACCAGACACACAGACGUGAGCAUGGGCACACACAGGCACACUGCAUGCAGACACACGGACUGGGCCCAGAUGCCCACAUGCACACUGUAUGCCUGCAGACACGCAAGCAUGGGCACUCUACAUGUACACAGACGUGAGCACGGGCAUGUAUGCACCUCUGUACAUACACAGACACACGUGAACGUGGGCACACACGUGCACAUAGCAGACACCAACACAGACACCAGUGUGGGAGAGUGUGCACACACUGGCAUGUGUAGCAGACAUACAUACAGGCGCACACAUGUGCAGGCUUAUCACUCACAGUGGCCACUGUAACCCUUCUACAAUAAUGACGAUGCUCACGUGCGCCUUGGAUUGACUUGACUUGGGCGAAGCACUGUGGAAGCUUGCUGCUGCGUGAGGAAGGAAGAAUGCAAUAUUUCAGUCCUCUCCUGCUGGGUCAUUCCUGAAGGGGAUGCACUCGGAUAAUGGCAUCCGACUGGCCAGCCUGCUUCCUUAGACAUUGGUACUGGAAGAGACUCUCAAGAUAAGAUCGGUCUACAGAGAGCUUUCUGGGUGGAACUCCCUGGGAGGCCACUUUCCAUGCUCAGACCCCAACCCUGAAUCCUGCUUGGUGGUGAAUGAGCCCUGGGAAGCUCUGAGAAGGAAGGCUCUGGGGACAGGGCCAGAGGCAAUGAGGAAUGACAACUAAGCCAGUGACCUCAGCACCUUUGUUAAUGGGUCCUAACGAGGCCAUGCCCCCGUAAACAUUGGAUAUGUUGUAUCUCUCUUUAAAGAUGCUUAAAGCAUUUAAAGUAAUCAAAUAUA